ACACACACACAGAGGCAGACUUUGCUCCGUUGAGACCAUUCUCAUGUGAUUGUAGGAGUUAUUUGCAUGUCAGGGAGUUUCCCACAAGCCACAGACACAUAUGAUCAUACACACACCUGAGGUUACAAAAGCUACUCUGCAUUGCAAAGGACUCAAAAUCCCGUUUAGGUGAUUGAAACCGGACACCCUGCACCAAUACAUUUUACAAGUGUGUUGAUAGAAGUGUAGUUAGCAUCCGUGGGUUCUCUCCUCCACCGACCCAGCUGUAGAGACAUGUGGUGGGUAUUGGUCCUGCUGCUAUCCCUGGCCAGCCGGGCUCAGUCUUUAGAAAAGCUCAACAUGUGUAUGGAUGCCAAACACCACAAAAAAGAGCCUGGCGCCGAAGGACAACUCUAUAAACAGUGUGCUCCAUGGAAAGAUAAUGCCUGUUGUACAGCUAACACCAGCGCGGAGGCCCAUGAUGAUAACUCCUAUCUGUACAACUUCAACUGGAACCACUGUGGUGUCAUGACCUCCAAAUGUAAGAAACACUUUACCCAGGACACCUGCUUCUACGAGUGUUCACCUCACCUGGGGCCCUGGAUACAGCAGGUGGACCAGUCUUGGCGUAAGGAGCGGAUCCUAUACGUGCCUCUGUGUCAGGAGGACUGCCACAGCUGGUGGGAUGACUGCAAGGAUGACUUCACCUGCAAACAGGACUGGCACUACGGCUGGGACUGGACCACAGGCCGUAACCGUUGUCCUGCUGAGGCUAGUUGUCGUAAGUGGACAGAUUUCUUCCCUACAGCCCAGAUAAUGUGUGAGAAGAUCUGGUCAGACUCCUACAGCUACACCAACCUGCCCAAGUCUUCUGGCCGCUGCAUGCAGCUGUGGUUCACCGGGAAGAACCCCAACGAGAAGGUGGCGGAAUACUACCUGAACCACGCCCCCUGGCAACGUGUUACCCCCGCCUCACUCCUCCUCCUGGCAACAAUGUCAUUAAGCAUUGUCCUGCUCUGAAUAAAACCACAGAUGUUCAUGUCA